CGUCACGUGAUUGAUCGGAUUGGAUCAGAUUGGAUUGUUGCUCGUUGAUGGAAGCAAAUUAUUCUUUGGAAUCGCUAACAACUUCACAGUGGAGAAACUGCCGAGAAAGAACUGAGUGACUGGAACUGUGCUACGGCUUGUUGGAUUGUCAACAUGUUGGAGAAUUUAUUAAUGUUUGGGAAUCUACUCCAAUAAUUUGUGAUUCCCGUUGACCAAGAAUUUCUUUGUGAGGAUACUUUUGGAGUAGCAUAUGCAAAUUCAAAGUGUCAACAUCAUGAGGUAGUGAAGCCAGCUUUUAUCAAUAUGUAAUGGAUUGUAUGAUAAGAUGUUUAUACAAUUUAUAAAUAAAACUUAUAUCAGCCAUUGAUUUACAAAUUCUAUAAACUAUGUGAAAGUUUGUGAAACAAACAGCAUAUAUUUCAAAGCAAAAUUUCUCUACGAAUAUUAAUCAUGGGGUCCAUAGCCUUAGAAGAAUAUGAGCUCAUGAAAGACUCAAAAUACCGAGUCUAUGUGUCGGCCGUGGAUAAGGCAUUAAAGAAUUUUGAAUAUACCAGUGAAUGGGCAGAUUUAAUAUCAGCACUAGGAAAGCUCAAUAAAGUACUAUUGAGUCAUAUGAAAUUCCCAGUAAUACCAAGGCGAAUCAAAAUUUCAAAAAGAUUGGCUCAAUGUAUGCAUCCAGCUCUUCCAUCUGGUGUUCAUUUAAAGGCCCUGGAGACAUACGACAUUAUUUUUAAAUGCAUGGGAACCAACAGGCUAAGUCAUGAGCUCUUCAUUUACAGUGCUGGACUGUUCCCAUUACUCGGUCAUGCUGCUAUGAACGUGAGACCAUCCUUACUAACAGUUUAUGAAACUCACUUCGUACCACUGGGUGAAAGAUUGCGUCCAGGAUUGAGUGGAUUUUUAAGUGGAGUUUUGCCAGGACUUGAAGAGGGCUCAGACCAUUUUGAGAGAACGAAUUCGCUCUUGGAAAAAGUCUGUGAGGGCGUCGGCGCCGAGCACUUCUAUGCCUGCUUAUGGGAUUGUUUGGCGUCAAAUUCAGGAAUACGUUUGCCGGCGAUAUCCUUUGUCCUGGCACAUUUUAACAAAAAACUUCCCAUGGAAGAUCAGAUGUAUAUUAUGGGAACGAAUUUUGACAUCAUGGUUACAGCACUCUGCGCUGGGGUGCAGGACAGUUCAGUUUUAGUACAAAGAAGUGCGCUGGAUUUACUGCUGGUCGGUUUUCCCGUACACAAUAGUCAAUUGAGCCGUAAUGACAUGGUCUCGUUAUUAACUGCUGCCUUAGUUACCAUCUUAAGGAGAGACAUGAGUUUAAACAGGCGCUUAUUUGCGUGGCUUCUGGGUACCGAAGUGAAUACAUCGAUUCUGAAGAAAAAAACGAGUCCCGCAGCGGUCGAGGCCUCAGCUAAUUACUUCGAAAUGUACUCCAAGGAUAUGUUAAUACAAGCAAUCAAAUCGACCUUAAAAACUGUGUGCGAGGAAACCCCACACGAUUUGAAACCAUGUAGAAUAUUAGUGUCUUUGUUGGAUAAGCCUGAUAUUGGGCCAGUAAUUCUUGAUGACAUCCUCUAUGAGGUUUUCAGGACAUUUUACAAAGCCUGCGCUCACUCGGAGAACUUGAACAAGUCUAACGAGGUCGUAAAAUCUGCAAACCUUUUAUUCUCACCGUUGGAACCUUCUUAUGUUUGGAUACACUGUGGAUAUUUAUUCGAUAAGGCAUGUCACGCUCGUGUCAAUGUUCGUAAGGAGACAGAAGAUGUUGGCGUAAAGAACGUGGGUUCCGGGAUGCCGGAUCUUAUGGAAGUCUGUAUCCUUGCUGAGUUUUUAUUAGACACUGUGUCCCUGGACGCUUCUAUAAAUACACCAUCCGAGCACCUACCAGGACUCUUUCAUCAGAUAAUAAACAAGCUCUCUGAACACGUGGAUGAAUUAAGUCCUGCUGAAAUCUCAAAGUCUCUUGGACUCUGUGCGGAGAUCCUGUCGAAGGUGCAGCCUCCAGCAAUGGCUACGCACACUGACAUACCGGACUUGGAGGUUAAGGUAGAUCUGAAUGUGAGUAUAGCAUCUACGGCAUUACCGAAUGACAGUAAAUUGUCAGCAAUACCUUUAGAAAAAAGUCAGUCGGACAGUAAGUUGAAUAAAACAGACCUGGUGAAUGGUUCAGUUACUGACAGAAGUCCCAGCCCUAGAAGAAGAGCAAAUUCUAGUGGCGCUCCUAAGAAGAGUGAUAAGAAAUCUAAGAAAAAGAGUAGUAAGAGUACUUCCAAAUUGAGUGACAGUUACACGAUACAAGCUGAUGGUAGUAAUAUUUCGGUGAUUGUCAGUGAAGAUGCAAAGCCAUUACCUAGAAACAAAAGUAUGGAUAACAUAAAGACGUCAUUUUCUGACACGAAUGUCGUCACUCCCCCUUCUCCAGUGGAUCGAUUAACUCCUACAGACUUAUCUAAGAAAAGUAAUACGGGUUCAACGGGGUCCUUGAACAGAGGACCGUCUCCAGCGCUUCAGGCGCAACAUUCAAUGCUUGAAAAGUGUCUGCGCCAAUAUGAAGUAUUCUAUGUAAAACUAAUCAGUAACACAGUGCUCAGCAAGAAAGAACCUGUUACAGAGAUGUUUGAAAAUCUGAUGAUCUUUUGUCCCAGGGAGAGCCACGACGAAAGAACAAAGCAUCUCGAGAUACUUUUAAACUCAAGACUUAACGCAGAGAACUCAGGAUUUUUUCAUCAGGACGGCUCACAAGCUCUGUAUUCUAACUAUCCUGAGAUAUCUCGGUUUCACAAUGAGGACAUCGCGCGUUCCGACAGAAAGGAGGUUUUAAAAAUUGCCUCGAGUCUCCUAGUGGAACUAUCGACAUUCCCGACGUAUUUUCUACCAGGGGAUGGAAUGUUGGGACUCGAAGAGGAACCUAAGGGGAGGAUCUCUCUUCCCGAUUGGCUAAAGGUCUUGGUAGUAUGCGCUUGUUGGCUUGGGAAGCAGCCAUCCUUGCAGCUAACAAGUAUAGCGACCUUGCUAGACCUGAUAGCUCUGUCAAAAGCACAUAGCGACGUGAAGCCGCAUCCUACGAGUGGCGAAGGUGUAACUACAGUUGUUAUGGUACCAUUAUUAAAACAAUGGCACAUUAAUUAUUUAAGACAACAUACAAACGUCUUUCAAAUACUAGCACAGUCCUUGUGGCAUCAUCUUGGUGAACUUCCAGCCCACAAGUACAGAAUGCGUUGUGUUGAAUUAAUACACGAACUUCACCAUGCGCUAUACGAAUCCUGCGACGCUGUAGAAGAUGUUAUAGGCUGCGCACUAACUUGUGACAACCAGGAAAAGAGAAUCGAGUCGUUCAAUAGAUUCUCCACGUUGUGGCAUCUCGGCAGGGAAGUUGAGACCAAUCCUCGUCUACGAGGAUGCCUUAGAACGUUUGAUAAAUCUUUGUUGAAAAUGCUGGAUAAUCUCCAGCUUGCUGACAACUCUCCACUGAAACUCCACGCACAAUCCUGGCUCUUACAUUCACUUGUACGUGGUGACAUCUCACGCGUAGUGGAUCCAGUUCUCACGAUGCUCCUGGACCCGUCAACGUGUCGUAUGAGCGUACUUCACGUUAGUAUUCAGCACAGCAAUACGGUACUCACGAAAAAUGAUACCAUGGAGGAGAAAUCGGAGGUGCAAGAUGAUUCUGAAGGCGCUGCCAAGAUUUACGCUAUCAGUUCCGUCGACGGCAACGUUAUAUAUCAUGUAAGCGACUCGAUGGAUGAUAUUAAAUUGAAGAAAGGAAAGAAGAAGAAGCCAAUAAAUCCUGUGAAGGUUAAAAGGAUAUUUGCUGUGACAACUUUAGCUACCGGUGACAAUGGCAGUCACUAUAUUACUGAAAAAAAUCAAUUCAUGAAGGAACUCGAGGUUCCGCCCAGUAUUUCCGGAAAUCGCAAUAUUUCGGUUUUUGUUAAUCCCUUGUCCAUAAACUGUAGCACUAAUUCAAAUGAUUCACUUACCGAGGAUGAUAUUUCCUUGGGCGUAAAGAAGACGAAUCUGACUACGGAAUUAUUAAAAAACGCAACGAGAUUCAAGAAAACAGAUUUCGAUAACGGUUCUACUGCCAGUUUGGAUGAGAGUUUAUUCGACUCUGCGAACUCCAGCCUUAAAACCAAGGAGAAGAAUGCGUUUAAGAAACUUAAUGGAGAAGUAGGAUCAUCUCUGGAUUCCAUCAGUAACAGUCUGGACUCCAGUAGCCCUGAAAUCACGAAUAAACAUGCUUCGAAGCAGAAGAAAGAAGUGAUUCUGUCUGGUGGUGCAAAGGAAGUUGCUGGUACUAUAAUGACAGGAAGAUAUCACAGUACAAAUGAAUUUUCUACAAGUUAUAAUAUGCAUGAUGUGACAGAAAGUUUCGAAGCCACUGCUGAAGUUCCAAGCUGGAUCAUGGGAGACGAAGAAGCUGACUUGGAUAUCAGUACACCGGCUGAUGAAUAUUUUAGUAAUUCCAGUGGAGUGAGCAUUGUAGAGGAAGUUAUUAAUGAAGUAAUGGAUCGUGUAAUGCAACUUUGUGAAGCUGUCGAGCCUACUGAACCAACUGAUGAGUCUAUUCAACUAGAUACUAAUGUAAAACGUAUUUCUGGAGUGGGUGUCCAUAAUCUUCAUUCUCACAUGCUUCUGUAUUGUGGAGUGUAUGAUUCUACGCGGACUCUUUAUGCCUUACGCACCUUACGCAAUGAAUUGCUGACAAAUACCAGAAUGUUUCUAUUCUCUGCUGCUACCACUGGUGUGGCCAACGCUACGAAAAGCACUGCCCUCUUGAAUCUCUUAGCCAGACAUAGGAAGAGUGUGUUUGGAAGAAAUUUUCACGGAGAUAUUGCCAGUACCGAGUUUGUAGCUGCUUAUAGGAGUAGUAUGUAUUUGGAAGUUCUGAUCAGUGUGUGCCUAUACUUUGCUCGAAGUUUUUAUCCAAAUUUGGGCCAGAUGAGACUUACCCAGGAGGAGAUUGCUGGAAAUAGACAGGUUCAGUUAGCCAGUGUUGAGCUCCUGACAUUAAUAUUUUCUGAACUGAUUGCAAUAGUUCGCGAUUCUGGAAAAGGGUUCAGUUGUUAUAUAGUGGAUCUACUGACAAAGUGUAAGGUUCAAAAGGUCGCGCUUCACUGUCUUGUCUCGAGCGUACUGAAUAUGAAGAAUGCUCAGAAGGAGAACGAGGAUGUUUUUACAUUUACGGAGGAAAUUGUGUUAUUCAAUGAUCCUGCGAGCGAGACUGAUGUCAAUAAAUGUAAAUACAGAGCAAGCGACCAUACAGAAGCAUUUCAAAUACAGUUAUUAAGGCUUUUAUUAGCUUUGAUAAUGUUGGAACAUCAGUGUGGUGCUCAGAAGGGAGAUGAAGUGGGGCCACCGACCCCAUCAAGUCCGACAACUCCUACAAAAGGAGCUCCAAAUUUAAUCGGAAAUUCCCUCAAGUAUAUACCUGGUGCAUCUAUUCCACAGCAACCUAUGUUUCUAGCCAGUAUUCUUAGCGCUUUGCAACUGGAUCAUAUGAGGCAUCUGCAUCAACACUGGACAACAUUGGUUACAUCAAGUUUACCUUUCAUGGGAUCGUCCUUAACCCAAAUCGUUACUUCUGUCAUUCAUCAGCUUUGCUGCAAUAUUGAACACUUGUCCUCGUAUUACGUCAGCGAGGAGGCCGCAAUGACAUCCAAAUUGAGGGAUAUAAGUACCGUGGAUUGCUGUUUACCGGCCGAUUACACUGUUACACAUUUAGAAGCUUUGACAUUCCUAUUGCACUAUUGCCUAUUGGACACAUCUCAACAAAUCGGAUUUUCUUUUAAUCAACCCUUCGGUGGAGCAGUUCAGACUGGUAUACCUGGUGCCAAUCCUGGACAAAUAUUCAACAAUCUCAUCCACGUGUUCAUGCCCAGCCCACUCUCACCAGAUCUGGCUGGGGGUAAAGAUAAAGCUAGUAUGACCGAGCAACACUUACAUGCCAGAAGAACAGCCCUUAGUCAUUUACCAAGAAUAAUAGCAUCGCUGUCAGCACUGUGGCAGGCAGUACUAGCUACCAAAGACAAUGAACAAGCUACCUGUGUGGUCGGCAGUCCUAGAGUAGUGAAACAUCAACUUCUAGAACUGUUAUCGCCAAUAUCCUUUCAUCAUGGCGUCAAUUUCCUGGCAGCAGUUGCUGUAGCGUGGCACGAGAGGCGACAGCCUUCAGCAAACUCAAAGAAAGUGCUACCUGAAGCAUGUCCGAAUCAGCAAGUUAUGGUACACUUGGUUAGCGCUAUUCGUGUUAUGCCCAUUGAUACCUUGGUGCAGACUGUGCACCAAGUGGUUAAAUCACCGCCGCCUAUUCAUGGUGUAAAACAGGAUUUCUCAUUGGAAGUUUCAGUGCUUGAAUUACUUUACGUUUAUAUGCAAAGCAACACAUCUCAAUCCUUAGUUGAAUCUUGGACAUCAUUGUUAGGGUUAUUGAAGGACGGUCUGUCGUUAACUGCACCUGCCCAAUUUUUACUUUUGGCUAUUCUCAAUGAGUAUGUACAGAAAUGUCCACCGAUGCAGGAGAAAAAGGACAUUAGGGAUUUGCAAGAUAUAUCAGCUAAGUUGGUUGAGUCUUGCUCACAAAUAGCAGGCGCCUGUUUGGAACAAACUACUUGGUUGAGAAGAAAUCUGGCUGUGCGAGAAGACGUUUUCGAAGUAACGGACGGUUCAUCGGAAGGUAAAGAAGGAAAAAAUGGUGCUGUAACACCAGGAAGUCCACCGAAUGCUGCUUACAGUGUCCAGGCACAAGGUGUACUGGCAGAGAUACUAGCACCUCUCUUGGAUGUUAGUUACGGAUCCCAAGAAAAAGAAAGGGUCGUUACUCUCUUGACAAAUCUCAUGUACAAUGUUACACCCUAUCUUAAAAAUCACACGACAAAAAAUAUUUCCUCAUUCACUGCCUGCUCGCAGCUUCUAAGUUCACUCUCGAGUUAUCAGUAUACAAGAAAAGCUUGGCGCAAAGAUGUUUUAGAUUUGCUUCUGGAUUCUGCGUUUUUUCAAAUGACACCUGCUUGUCUGCCAUACUGGCGAACCAUUAUUGACAAUUUAAUGACACACGACAACAUCACCUUUAGAGAUCUAAUGAAUCGAGUGUCCAUGGCCCAAAGUAGCAGCAUCAGCAUUUUCUCCUCAAAGGAAUUAGAGUACGAACAACGCGCCCAACUUCUCAAAAGACUGGCAUUUGCUAUUCUUUGUAGUGAAAUGGAUCAAUAUCACAAAUACAUGCCAGAGAUACAAGAACGUCUAGCUGACAGUUUACGACUGCCACAAGUAAUUCCAUCGAUUCAGGCACAAGUAUUUCUAUGCUUUCGUGUGCUGCUACUAAGAAUAUCUCCACAACACGCCACUUCCUUGUGGCCUGUAAUUGUGAGCGAAUUGGUUCAAGUCUUUUUACACAUUGAACAAGAAUUGAACACCGAUAGUGAAGAGUUUAGUCGUCAGAGCAGUUCACACAUUAAACUACUAUCGGCUUUGGACUCAUCUUGGGCUGUGAAUGCGAACAAUGGACUCCAAGCACAUGGACAUCCACACUGGCUACAACUACAACUUGCUGCUGCGAAGUUACUGGAUUUGGCAUUAUUAUUGCCUGCCCACAGAUUGCCACAAUUCCAGAUGUAUCGGUGGGCCUUUGUAGGAGAUGCCGCAGCAAGCAGUGCUGAGAAUAAUAAUCUGUCUUCAGAUUUUGUUCCACACAUAACUCGCAUAGCUAAACUAAUGGAUACCAAGUACAAAGAGGAAGUGACGCCAUUGUCAUCGCCACCUGGAGAACUCCUUCUAACGUCCAACAAUAUCCGGUGUAUCCAGGAUCUGCAUCCGUUCUUCACGGCUCUCAGUCGCGCAUCUAGCGGAACCCGUGCUACCUUAAACGUUGCGCAAUUGGAAACUGUUCUCGAGCAGGACUUCCUUGAGAAAAUGCCAGUAGUUCCUGCAAGAUAGUAGGAGCGACACACUAUUUUUACGGGACUGGCUUUUGUUUAAUGGCUUUGUUAUAAUUAUAUUAAGUCUUAUAUGCGUCAAUAUUGAAAUUGAUAGAAAGAAAGAAAAGAAUUAUCUCAUCCAUUUAUUCGUAUUUUAUCACGGUUUAUUAAGUGACGAAUGAGAUGAAAUAUCGAUCGUGACAAUUAAUUAAUGCAAUAUAUGAAAGAUACAACGUAUAAAUAUAUUGGUUGCGUACGAACAGCUAUUAUAAAAAUAAUCUUGUCAAUUGACUAUUUAAAAUAGUAAAAAAUUAGUGAAAGCGGAAUAUUCUAUACUUUAGCCUUUAUAUAGUUAAUGCGAAUAUAAUAUAGUUUAUAUUAUGUUGCUGUUAUCAUUUUAUCAUUAUUGAUCUUCUAACUUGCCUCCUAAUUCGAUUGUGUGAGUAGUUACGAAUGUGUACGAUCUGGUGGAUCCUCGACUGGUUACAUUUGAAACGACCUGUAAAAUUUAAACGUAGUUUACAUAGACCGAUAAUUCUUCUCCACCAUUUUAUUGCUAUUCGUUAUGAGCUAAAAGAUCGUUUAGUUUUCUCAUAUCGCAAUGACUUCUCAAUGACAACUAAGUAUCUUCUGAAUUUUGAAAAACUCUUUAUCUCUAAUGUAAAUUGUUCCUCCGUAUGAUAAUUGAAGCUUAAACUGUAAGACAGUCAGAAAUCGAUAUCGCCUUGGGUUUACAAAGUUCAAAAUACUUUCUCUCAGAAAUUUUCUAGCGUCACCCAAAAGUGUUAUCGUUACAGUUUUUAUAUAAAUCCUUAAAGCCCUGGAGUUAUCAUGCUAUUGUAUAAAGUAAUGAAGUUUAAUGCUUGACCCAAGUGCGUAAACUAUAUUAUAAGAUUCAUUCUUGAACACUAUUUUUCUACAUGUAAUAAUCAAUCGAAUUAAUGAACAUAAAUAAUGAAUCAUUGUACAGAAAUUUAAUGGAUCAUAUAAUAUUUAAUGGUAUCUGAUCCUGUAAACUGUAGACUGAUUCUGUUUCGCUGUAAUCGAAUGCAUUUCUUUUAAUUGUAUCCUUUUUUUUAAAUUAUAUUAAUUAACGUUUCUCCAUAAUAUUUUAACUAUGGCAAAGUUGUAACGAAUGGAUGAGUAUUACAGUCACAAGAGUUUCUAUGAAGCUCAUGUUAGAAUUGAAAAGGGUAACUUUGACCGUCGUGGAGCGUACAUUUGAGAUAAUUGAAUGGAUGAACUGUGGGUAGUCCUUUUUUUUAGGGGACAGCGUUACUUUUUAUUUUUAUUUUUUUUUUUAAUUAACGAUUUUUCCAAUCCAUAAUUUAUACAGUAUGAAAGAAGUAGCAAUUGUGAUGCGCUAACGCUGUUGCGAUUUUCCUGUAAAUUUAUUACAAGGUGUUAACUCUUCCCUGAACUUAUCGUUGCGUAAUUCUGUAUUAUUAUCAUUCUUGGAUUCUAUAUGGAGUAUAGUUUGAAUCAAUGUCUAUUUACAUGUCAGAUCCUGAUGAUGUGUUUGAUAGAUUAUUGUGGGAUUAUACAAUGUGUAUAUAAGAAUGAUCAUGGUGCAUUGUAAUGGGAGGUAAUAAGUCUUCCUACGUGAAGUACAGAUUACGAAUGUAUAAUAUGGAUAAGUAUUGUAUAAUGUAAUGGAUGUAUUUGUUCUAAGCUUACAAGAGAGUCCGUAGUAACGUUCAUGCAUAUGUCUGUCUUCGAAGGCAACCGAAUGAAUGUUAUAAGAAUUAAUAUAUUAGACUUCAAUACGAAUGUAUACUAUUUAUUUAAUAUUAAAGUCUUAUUUAGUAAUAGA